AUGACAGAAACCACAGUAACAUUGAAAUACAAUAAUGAUGUUAUAGAUGUUAUUGCUGAAAAUACAAAAGGAUAUUUAAAUUCAUUUAAAGUAACUUUAAAACAUGAAACAAAUACAUACUCUGGAGUAUUAAGAUUAUUUGGAAAAGUAACACCACAAAGUAUUACUAAAGUUUCUAAAAUUAUGUAUUUAGGAGAUUCUACAAUAAUUAUUUUUCUGUUUCUUGAUGGAAGACAAGAAGAAAUUCGUUUAAGAAAUGAAAAUUUAAUGAGUUCAAAAUCAAUAAAAAAAUUUGCUAUAUAUAACACUGAAGAAAUAGACGAAGAAGAAAAAAAAAAGGAAAAAGUUAUUAGACAACAAACAGAAAAUAAUGAUUCUAUUCCUUCUUCUUUGGAACAAGGUGAUGACUUAUCACAACAAAAAGUACAAGAAAUAAAUGAAAACAAUGAUUUAGAUUAUUUAUUAAAUGAAUUGAAUGAACUAAAAAUACAAAUAAACAAACUAAAUAAUAGUAUUAUUAAAAAUACUUCUAGUUUAGUAGAAAUAAAAGAAAGUCAAAUAAAAGAUAAAACAAGUACUGAAGAAAUUCAAACAAAACAAAAUAAUAAAAUUAAUGAAUUAGAACAAGAAAUAUUAUUAAAAUGCGAUGAAUUAUAUUUUAAUGAAAAAUUAGAUAGUAUUAAUGUUAAAAUUAAAGACCUCACAAACUCUAUUUAUCAAACAAUUCAAAAUAAUUCACACGAAUUAUCUUCUUUUCAAGAAAAUAAAUUAGAAGAAAUUCAAGUAAUAAAUAAUAAUAAAAUUGAACAACAAAAUAAAAAUUACGAAGAUUUAAGUCAUCAAUUAUCUGAAAUUCAACAACAUAUCUCAAGUUUAGAAUAUGAAUUUGAUGAUAUUCAAGAAAUUUUAAAAAAACAAAUAAAUUCAUCUCAAUUAAUCAAUGAAUUAAUUAAAACUGAUAAAAAGAUAGAAGAAGAAAAACAAGAAGAAAAAGAAAUUAAUCUAACAAAACAAAACGAAAAGAAAAAAGAAGGUUGUAGUCAAAACAAUCAAUUUAUUUUCAUCUUAUCAAAUUUGGAAAAUUUAAUUGAAAAAUUAAAUAACGAUAUUUCUUCUUUUAAUUGUAUUGAUUUUUGGGAAGGAGUUAAAAGAGAAAUCAUUCCUAACUAUAUUAUUCUCGUUGAUGAUCAACUAAUUAAAUUAAAUAGGGAUACAAUUAGAUCAUUAUAUCCUUCAAUUCCAAUUAUUUGUGCAACUUCAAACCAAGAAGAAGAGGAUCUUUCAAUUCUUAAAUACACAUCACUUAAUUCUUUGUGUUCUUCUUUAAUUGAAAAAGUAACUUCUUUAUAA